AAUUGUGAAAACUACAACUAACAGUGCGCGUCUGUGUCUUGAGUUUAUUUGAAAGUGAAAAAGUGAAAUAAAUUGUGAAAAUGAAUCAAUAUCGUCGCUUGCGUGACGAGUCGAGCGAGGAGCAGUGCGCACUGGAGCUGGAGCAAGGGCAUGCCAGGAAGCAGCCACGGCGCAGCAACAAUGCCAAGGAGACGCUGGUGAGCAUUGAGCAGCUGCUGCAGAAGCUAAGCGAACCGAACGGCGAGAGCUGCCUCACCGAGCUGAGCUGCGAGGUCAACGGGCUGCUGCCCAGGCACAAGAUGGAGAUACUGCGGCUGCUGGUGCAGUCACUGCAGCUGCAUCCGAUGCAGUGUGGCGCCUAUGCGACAUUUGUGGGUCUGCUGAAUGUGUGUGACUUUGAGUUUGGUGCCGAUUGCUUGAGCUGCUUGCGGCAGCAGCUGUGGCAAGCGCUCGAGGCGGGCGAGUGGCAGCAAGCGCGCAAUUUGCUGCUGCUGCUGGCCGAGCUGGUCAAUGCCAAUGUGCUGACCGCCAGCUCAAUGCUGCAGUUGCUCAAUGCGCUGCUGGAUGCGGCGCAGCACGAUUGCUAUGCCUGGCUGGUGCUCAGCUCGCUGCCGCUGCUGGCACGUGAGCUCUACGAGAAACUGGAGUCGGGCCUGCAGGCGCUGCUCAAGCGUUUGUCCGUCUACAUGAAGCAGCGCUGCUCUGGCGUGCAGCUGCAGCUGCUGCGCAUUUGGACGCUGAGCGAGCGUGCGCAACACGAUUAUCUUGAGCUGCUGUGGCAGCAAGUGUUGCAGCUGCAGGGCCAGCACUGGAUGCUGCAGCAGCUGCGACGUCCGUAUACCAAUUUUGAUGGCACGCUUAGCUCCGCGCUGCAGCAUCAGCUGACUGAGCGACCAGCGGUCGCUGCCACGCGGCAGCUGCGCUAUGCACGCGCUCAUUUGGUUGCGCGUCUGUUUGCGCCCGCAGAUUUGCCGCUCAGCCAGCAGCUGCCCGCUGAGCUGCACUUUGAGCGCCAUCUCAUCGAUUGCCAUAUUUUGGAAAUUCUGCAGUCGCAGCAUUUGGAGCGCAAGCGCUGCGCCGCUUUGCUCUGCGCCUACAGCGCUGCUCAUCCUCAGCUCGCCUUGCCCCACUGCAUUGUCGAGCUGCUGCUGCUGCAAAUGCUGCAGCUGCCGGCGGCUCCCUAUCCGACCAUCAACUAUGGCGUCAUUCUGAUUGAGCUCUGCAAGCUGCAGCCGCACAGCUUUCCUCACAUUAUUGUCCAGGCAGUCGAUUUAAUAUUCGCCCAGCUGCCGUCCAUGAGUGUCGCGUGCUUUGAUCGCUUCGUCGAUUGGUUCUCGCACCAUUUGAGCAACUUUCGCUAUCAGUGGAACUGGCUCGACUGGCAGCAGUGCAUCCAUUUCCACCAGCUGCAUCCUUGUGCCAUGUUCGUGCGUGAGCUGCUCAAGAAAUGCAUGCGUCUCAGCUAUCAUCAGCAUGUGGUGCAAAUGAUGCCCGCAGCAUUUGCCCCGCUGCUGCCCGUGGCGCCAGUGCCGGACUUUAAGUACAUUGAUGAGCGUCUGCCAGGUGCGCAGCUGGCCAAGCAGCUGCUCGAUGUGAUACGCAGCAAGUGCACAGUGGAGGUGGUGGGCGGACUGCUGGAGGCCGCCACCGAACUGCCCGAAGAGCUAAAGAUCAAUGUGCUGAUGCAGACGCUGCUGCACUUGGGCUGCAAAUCAUUUACGCACGUCUUUUGUUUAUUCACCAAGUUUCAUGCAGUGCUAAAGCUGCUGGCUGCUGGCAACGAGCUCAAUCAGCUGGCCAUGCUGCAGGCCAUAUUCGAGCUUUGGACCAACAACGAGCAGCUCAAGACUGUUCUGGCCGAGCGUCUGAUGAAAAUGCGACUCAUUAAGCCCAACAUAGUCGUUCGCUUUGUGUUCUCCUCAGCACUCAAGCCGGAGCUAAGCAAGCUUUAUCUUUGGGAGCUGCUCAAUGUCAGCAUUCGAUAUACCAAGCAGCAUCUGCAAGGCAGCGAACAGCAGCUGACAGAGCAGUUGGAAUGCCUGCUGCUUGGCAUUGUCCAGCACGCGGCUGUGGCUCUGGCCAAGCAGCAGGCUGUGGCAGCGCCGGCGGAGACGGACUAUUGGAGCCACUGGGUGCUGGGUCGCUUGCAGGGCAUACUCUUUGCUCAUGUGGAGCUGGUGCGUCCAUUCGGCGACAAGUUGAAUAAAAUAGUCUCGGACUUUGAGCAUUGCAAGCGUCUGCUCAAGAUGAUUGAAAACUAUUUGGCAUAUAUCAAAUAAUUCAAAUGAUUAUAUUAAUAAUUGAUAAU